AAAUUUUUGUUUUAAAUAUUUCAAAUGGUUUUAAACUACUGAAAGUUUUCAAAAUUUCUUUGAUUUAUAAUUUAUCUAGUUUAUCUAACCUAAAUUUAAGGUAUUGGAAAAUGGAUAAAAAAGUUGAGUUAAAAGAUAUUUUUUCAAAUAACUUUUUAAAUUUGGAUACAAAUCUUGUCAAUUUUUAUAUUAGAUCCCAGAAUGCUUCUUUUUUUAAUUAUAACAAUGUCAAUAUUAACGGUAUAUUGAACGAAGGUGAUAGUGACCAUAAUGAUAGUUGUACUGAUUUUGAUAAGACUAUAAAUAGAGAUUUAGUUGAAUUUAAUUUGGUUGAUAAUUUAUCAUUAUUUUUCGAUAUUAACUAUGAUUAUGAUCAUUUUAUGAGCUUGAGGAUGCAUUUAAUUGACUAUAAUAAUUUGAUUGCAAUAAAAUACAAUUUGUUUGACAAUUUUUUAUUUAUCUUUGAUAUCAAUCAUAAUGAAAUUUAUAAUGAAAAUAAUAAUGAAAAUAAUAAUAGUGAUAGUGAUAUAAAUAACUUGCCUAUAGCCAUUAUUAAAACCAAUUCAAAGAUAAUAUCGAUUAAAUGGCAUAAAAACCCCUUUUUAAAAAAUUUAUUGUUGAUUACAACAUUAUCUGAUUUAAUUAUUUGGUGUUUAAACUGGCCUAAACCAAUUUUAAUUAAACCAAUAUUCAAUAUCAAUCCAGUGACAAUUAAUCUUGAUAAUAAAGAUAAAUCAAAAGCUAACAAUAAGAAAAAUUACAAUUACAAUUAUAAAAUAGUUGGUACUAAUUGGAUAUUUGAUAUAAACAAUCAUUUACACUUGAAUUUAAAUUAUUUAAAGGUUGCAGUUUAUAACAAUUUAAAUGAAUUUACGAUAAUUAAGAUAAAUUUGACAACAGACUUAAUAAAUUCAUUGAAAAAAAAUGGCAACAAGCUAUUUGAAUUUUAUUUAGAUGAAAGAAAAAAGGGAAAAUACGUUUUUAAUGCCAACUUGGAUAGUAAAAAUGAGGAAGUUGGUGAUGAUUUCAAUAUGGUAAGUUAUAUUAAUGAUGUUCAACAGAUGGAGAAGUUGUUUGAUGAUAAAUAUCAAGUAGAAGACACCUUUCAGUUUAAAAAGUAAAGCAAAAUCUGAAGGUUAUUUUGCAAAACUUUGUUUUUUAGUGAAUAUUAGAACAAGGGUUAUAGGUUUUUUUUUCUUUUUCUGCUUCUUCUGCUUCUUCUGCUUCUUUUGGUGAACUUGGUGAAUUUUGUAUUGAGAUUGAAAUGGGAGCUUUUUAUCUGGGCCCUUUUUGGAAGAAGGAAAUUCCGAAUUAUCUCUGUGUGCUUUGAGCUUGGAGAAACUUUUAGUGACUGAAAGAGGUUUUUACAUAGUAAAUUUCGCCGGGUUGAGUCUUUUUCCCAAAAAAGCGGCGAUCCUCUGGAUUAUUGUUGAAGUGAAUCCGGCUGCGGGCGGUCGCAGGAAUUUUGGGAAAUUUUAUAAUUAUUUUUUUCUUUGUAGAUUUGAAAUCAAAAGCUAUUACAAGUUCUUAAAAACCAG